AUGGCAUGUACUGCCCAAAACCGGUAUAUGUUCGUCGAGUACUCGGCUCCCGCCCCCCCAGUGAAAGGUCAGAAGAAACGUCGAGGCGGUCCAAGUGAAGUUCGAGCGCAUAUCACCAAGGAAUUUCAUCGAAGACUGAGAGUCAAACGAUUAGACGCAUUGAAAGGAACCGUGCCUUUACCAGAAAGACCCAAAGUUGCCAACCCGACAAUUGAACAGGAAGACGAGGAACAAGACUGGAAGCACUCUGGCACAAGAUCGCCAUCGAUCCAUACGCGACCUGCUUCACCCAACAAAAAUAUUCCGCCCGAAUUGUAUCUCUCCCGUCGCCUUCGGACUGUUUUGGGAGAGGGGAGAAUGGACCCAUUUGAUGUAUUACCGGCUCAUCGAAUGCCUCUCUUCAUUCACAUGGUUCUCGAUCAUGCUUUGGCGCACUCGUGGCCAAACACCGUUCCGACCAGGUCACCGGCCGUCAUGAACCCAGUCAAAAGCGCCUGGCUGAAAUGUGCCAUGGAAUGGCCAGUUGCUUUUCAUGCAUUCAUCUACGCAACGACUCUGCAUCUGUUAUGCGCGUAUAAUGGUCGCGAGUUGAUUGACUCGGCGCCCGUACUUCGGCUCUCCCACAAGGUCGAAACCAUCAAGCUGGUCAACGAGCAACUUCACAAUCUGAAUGGUCUGCCAUCUGAUGCGCUGAUCAUGGCUGUGACAAUUCUGGCGAUUCAUGGGACACGAGACGCCACCGCAUAUCCCCAAAUCCAUCCCGCCUCUCCCAUGGCGGAAGCCCAAAACCUUCACGUCUACGGAAACAUGGUCAACGAAGAAGAACAUGUCCCAGCUAUUUUGUGGCUGAUCAUGCAAAAGGGAGGGCUGGACGGGAUUGAAUUGUAUGGAAUGGCGGAUACCAUGGCAUUAUGCGACUUGUACUUUGCGUCAAAGUAUGCGUACAGGCCAACAUUUCCAUUACGACGUCCGCAUCAAUCCCUUGUUGUAACCGGCAAGCACUUACUUGAUGCCCCGGCCAUCGAGUUGGACUCCAAGCUGGGACGUGGAUUCAGAUAUUUCCGAUCCACUCCUGCUGGGCGAGAACUGCUCGACGUCCUAGAAUCCUUUUGCGAAGUUACCACCGCUUUGGAUCACUACUACCGAGGAGGACCCACGGCGCCAGAGCUGAUUGAUUUGAUAGAAGCUCGCAAUUCGUCGCAGCAUCGACUUUUAUCACAAAUUCCAGCUGAACUGGAUCUGUCGGACCUAGAGAUGUGUCUUCAUCAAGCAAUCCGGCUGGCCGCAUUAAUCUUCAGUGACAUGGUCCUUUUCCCGUUGCCCGAAGCCCAGCAAGUGAAGCAGAGGCUGGCCCCGAUGUUAAGGCAAACUCUUGAAGCUUGCCGCUUCCUGCAAUCUUGGGAGUUAAAUGCUCAGGUGCUAGUUUGGGCUCUGGUGCUAGGCGGCAUUGCCACAAGUUUCUCGAAUGGCCAAGUUUGGUUUAUCGACCAGCUGCUGCAACAACUGUCGGCUCUACAGGUUCUAGAAUGGUCGACACUCGAAUCAAUUUGCUCGAAGUUUUUGUGGUGGAAGCCGGUAUGCAGCGAACCGGGGCAGCGGCUUUGGAAGGAGAUGUUUCCACCCACCCAUGAUACUUGA